AUGUCUUCCGGAAAUGAUAAUAAUCCACCCCCAAAAUCAACCUCGUCCUCGUUCGCCGAUGUCUUCAAGACUUUAGCCUCUGGCCGCCGGAAAUCUCUCUCUCCUCUUUCGGCCUCUGACAGCGGUAAUGAUUGGGCAACCUAUCAUAUAGACGGUCGCAAAGAUAGUCGCGCCACGUUUGGCUUCGACGCAAUGCAUCGUGCAAGUCUCACGCCGAACCCUCCCGAGCCCAGCUCUCCGCCGGACUAUGAAACUGCUCUUCGGAAUCUCCAACAUCCUGUGCUGGCCACCGAGGAGGCGGAAACCGUUACCAGGUUUUUAAACAGGUUCACUGCUGAACAAUCCAUAGCUCUUUGGGAAGCUGGCUCCCAUCUCCUUUAUCAAGAGGAGUCCGAAUAUGGUCGGAUGCGAGCGUCAAGGCUGUUGGAGGCAGUUUCUGAGCGGCAGGACUUGUUACCCGCAUUCAAAGUUCAAAUAUGCACAAGUAUUUUACCCCAGACGGUGCGUGAUGCGAUUCCGGCUCGAAUAAACGCCCUGAUCGCCUUGUCCGACAACGGCCGGAAGUUGGAUAGCUUCCAAGUCAACAUUCUGCCAACCCUUGCGGCUUGUCUUUAUCCGACGUUCCAAGCCGUUGCAGAUCUACGAUCAAAGGCAAGGAAAAACAAAACACCACAAUCGAAUGGUCUCGAUGACGAAACCCCUUUGGACAACUUGUUCGACUUCAUCCUCAAUAUCUUCACACUUCGGCACAUCCCCACCGAUGAGAAAGAUAUUGAAAUUCUUCUUGAAGAGCUCCUCCGGGUCUGUCGGAAGACUGCACUCACCAGAGAUUUGAAAAACGCACUUGCUAUUUUUGAUGCCAUUAUUUGUUGCGCCGAUGUCCCCGAGAAAAGCUUCGUUCCGUUGUUGGAAGUACUAUGCAGCAUACACGCUUCCGUCAAAUCUCUUUCAGGCCCUACUUCUCGUGUCAUCCGCAGCAUCACCAAAUCCCCUCAUAGGUCGUCAAUGAUUGAUACUCUAUAUUCCUUCUUGGAAGAAGUCCCGGAUGACUAUGGUCGGAAUUUAAAUGUGGUACGGGGUGCCAUCGAGAUAUUGGCUGAUUUGCUGGGCGCUUUCGACCGCCAAGAACCGUGGGAAUUGUCCUUUCCCAGGUUGGUUAACUCUUGUCAAUCAAUUGUGUUACGAAAGAAUGAACGUCUAUAUGCCGAUGUGGUCGAAUUGUGCGCGAGUAUGUUGAGUGGCGAUUUUGUUUUGGAAUGUAUGCAGGAACAGGAUUGGUCUCGCCUAGCCGACUUACUUAUAGAUUGCUGUGACUAUUCUGAUGAUACUGUUGCCGACAACUUCCAAACGUCUGUAACCUCGCCUACGAGGAUGGUCCCACAAGGGGAUCGCAUUAUCUCCAGCGCUUCUCAUUUGACAUUAUCGACGGAGCAUAUUUGGGAGCAGCUGACGCUCGAACAAAAGGACGAACUCAGUCGUUUUCUGAAAACAAUCCACAAUCAUUUAUCCCCUUCUCAAGCCAGACUGUUGAUCAGCCAUCUAAGAGUGCGAAGAGCAUGUUACCCUGGUCAGGUUGACUGGGAAUCCCAAGCGACCUGGCUUGUUGAGGCCUUCCUACAGAAGUCAGGCAAGGCAUCUGAUGUUCGCGUCUUGGCCAUUGAGGCGUUAGAAGAGGCUCUACUUGAAGAAACCAAUUUGUCCAAGUUUGAAGAAAUCGGUAUCAUCAGGAUUUUGCUUCAAAACUUUGCUGAUGAAAUAGAUACAAUAUAUCUGGCCUCACUUGUAUCAGUGAUGACCGAAAUUGGCGUUGAGGCAAAUGAUAAAUGCUUUCAUAUCAUUGUCGACACUCUCAGCUCACCGAUGACCGCCGAUCUGAAUGAAGACGACGCUAUUGCCAGUGCAGGUAAUUUACAAUCUCGUCGUGGUUCUGCUACUGGGUUAGAACCGUCUUUGUCGAACAUUUGUAUGAUCGGCCUUGUUCGACUGUUUCUUCGGUUCUUAAAUUCAAACCCUAGGAGAGCUACGCUGUUGUUUGAAACUUUAAUCUUCAUCACAAAGACAUGGAAGAAACGAUCACCCGAUGCCUUGUUGACAGUCUUCAACCUUCUCUUUAAGCUACGUUGUGAUUCUUCGGGUGCUGUUUUCAUCGCCACGGAAUCAGAGAACCAUUUCUUAGUCGCAGUCUUGAGCCGCACACUCGACGUCGGUAUAAAGCAAACUACAAAUCCGGACGCAUCUACCAGUGACCGAUCAUCGGUAGCUACUGAUGAUGGCCUACCUACGAACGUGGGCAGGCUAUCGUUGCGCGAGCAAUCUGCACCCAAGACGCUAUCACGCAUCAGUAGCUCCCACUUACGUACGGCGAAGUGGUCGCCUCCCAGUUGGACACAUAUCGGUUCAAAGUCUCUUCCUGACGAACCUCCGACAGCCCCAAGUCCUCUUGUGAAUGUCCAUAAGAAGCCCGACGAUGAAAACGACGGAGCAAUUGUGUUGAAGGUCAAUAUUUACUUGGAAACGAUCAUCGACCUCUUGCAGAAGCGCGACAUCCACUGGGAUUUGUAUAGCUAUAUUUUGGCUCACCUUGGGCCGCAACUCGGCAACAGAAACUUCUUCUCUAACGCGGUCCCGCAAGUUCAAAUGCUACGCAAUAUCCUAUGUGGCCAAAUCAAGGGUGAGGCGUUUCGCGAACCGCCAGCUGCGACCGGCAUCAAAAAGGCAGAUGUGGCCAUUUGUAUAUUUGACUCUUUAGCGAUGCUCAUUGGGUAUCACGAGUAUUUUGCCAAGAGCGAACAGGAUGAGCUUGUCCGUGCGUUCAUGCUUGGAAUUGGAUCAUGGGAUGGCACUUCGCGGGGAUGUAUUCACGCCUUGUCUGUUUGCUGCCAUGAAAUCCCACUCUCGGUGACCAAGUCUUUGAAUGCAAUCCUUGAUAAGAUGUCAAAAGUAAUUACGAUGUCUCAUGUGGCGGUGCAUAUCCUUGAAUUUCUGGCGCUUCUUGCUCGGUUACCAGACGUAUACGUUAACCUCCGCGAGGAAGAGAUUCGUACCGUCUUCGGAAUUUGUAUACGGUUCAUACAGACAAGUAGGGAACAGCAGCACAAAGUCGAGUCCCCUGUCAGUCGGACUGGGUCGAUCGGUACAAGACUUAGCGGUGGUUUGAGAGAACUGGCCUCGACACAGGCUGAUUCCGCCGAGCCGAAUUGGCAAGAAGGUGUUUCUCAAUACGUAUAUACCUUGACCUAUCACGUUCUGGUGUUCUGGUUUCUGUCUCUCAAGCUCCAAGAUCGUGCUAAACAUGUCAACUGGAUAACAAAUCGGUUGAUAUUCACGGAUGAAAACGAGCGAGGGGUCGUUGAGGAACAAAGCGAAGUAUUUAUAGACUUGAUGCAACGUUCGACUUAUUCCGACCUGGGUGAUACAAUACCGUUUGAAACCUUUCCUCCAUCGGCCGAAGAUGGUCCAGUCACUUCGAAAUCGUGGAUUGUGGGGAUGAGUAUACUGACCAUUGAGACUGCUGGCACCUCCGGCCUCUCGCAAAUCAUCAAAAGGAUGGCUUCUGGGACGACUUACGCUGAGUACCGACAGCGAACUGCACCAGUGUUGCCUCACCAGGUUCCUGCUACGCCUGAUACUCUGUCACUAUCAAAUGUGCCUAACCGUGCGGCUAUACUGCCUUCUCAUGUUUUACUUCAGAUGAUGACAACCGCAUUUCCCACGCCCGGUGUCAUUCAACCUAUUCCGCUACCGGAUGAUGCCAUGACUCGGAGGGCUAUCAGCUCCUUUGAUAGAAACGACAUCGUUGAUGGUCAUAAAAUUGGCAUCGUCUUCAUUGACAAGGAUCAAACCUCUGAAGCCGAGAUUUUGGCGAAUACAAGCGGAAGUCCAGACUACGAGAAUUUUCUAGCUGGUUUGGGAACCAAGGUUUCCAUUCGCAAUGCCCAAUUCAACACCCAAGGCCUUUAUAGUGACCUAGAUGGCGAGUUCACCUAUGCUUGGCGGGAUCGGGUAGCAGAGAUUGUGUAUCAUGUCGCAACGAUGAUGCCGACGAAUCUUGAGCAGGAUCCUGCGUGUGUGAGCAAAAAACGUCACAUCGGCAACGACUUUGUCAAUAUCAUCUUCAAUCGCUCGAACAAGCCUUUCAACUUUGAGACUAUUCCUUCACAAUUCAAUUCGAUCAAUAUUGUCAUCAGUCCAGUGUCUCAGAUCGCGAAGCACGCUUUCGAGAAGGACGUCGACGCUGUGGCCGAUUACAACAAGUCAUUUUACAUGGUCAGGGUAAUGACCAAACCUGGCCUGCCUGAACUUUCUCCUGCUUCUACCCCAAAGAUCAUCUCUGGAAAAAGCCUUGCUGCAUAUGUCCGUAUUCUUGGAAUGAACGCCUCUGUUUUUAGUCGUGUAUGGAACAAAGAAGGUGGCGAGCACAUUUCUUCGUGGAGGAACCGACUCCGGGAAAUCAAGCGACUCCGCGAACGCGUGCUUUCACCUCCUAGCCAGCCUUCCGAUACGACAGAGGCAGGCUUUUUAGGAUAUCGUCGUAACACGAGAGCAAACAUCUUUUCUGAAGAAGAGACAUCAUCCCGACCCAGCGUGCGCACCGAUUCCACCGCCGACUGGAAUUCCGCAGCCGGUGGGAAUGUCUUCAAGGCCCUGGACUUUACCCAGUGGACUCGGUGA